AUGUACAGAUCAUCGAGCCAAGGGGAGCUGACCAGGUUCGAUAUACCAUGGGAGGGGAAACCCAACUACAUUGCUCCCAAGGCGCAUGUUAGAAAGGUCUCCAAGUCAAAGGAAGCAACACCCAAGCCUGUAUUUACGGUGGUGUCGCCCCCUCGAUCCGAGAAAAUGCAAAACAGAUUUAUGGAGACAUGUCGGUCUUGCAAUAACAAGUUGCUCCAAAACAAUGACAUCUUCAUGUUCGGUUGUUUUGGUGCAUUUUGCACCUCGGAAUGCCGAGAGAAAGAGAUCAAAGAGAAAACUUCAGAAGAAAAUUUUGAAGAGUUGGCCACGAGCUUCUGGAAAACCAAAUCAAACUGUCCGAUCCAUCAGCCAGUUGCAAAAGAUGCAAUUUCUUAGUCUUUUAUUUUUCUUUUUCUUUUCAAACCCUAGACCUUAGUGUUGAAACAACUGUUAAGAAAUAUAUCUAAUAUAGAUAUACAACUAAUAUGACCUUUCUUAGUUAAGGAUACUUUGUCCUUACUAAAAGGGUAGGAUAGAUUAUAUAUAUGUUGAAAGCUUAAUACAACAUGCAACAAAAUAACCUUCUACACA